GCAGUCAGAUUCCUAACCACUGCACCACCAGGGAAGUCCCUCCCAAAGUGUUUUAAUUGCUAAUUUAGUUGAAUGAUUUUGCAGGGAGCAUGCACUCUCCAACCCACCAUAGUCCCCAUCCCUCCCUAUUGCCUUCCCCAGUCCCCUGUUCUCAUUUGCUUUCCCACCUGGCCCUGCUGAGCCCUCCCCAGACCUUGGUGGCUUGGAGGCUGCCCCAGGCCUGCAGGCCUAACUGGGCAGUGAGAAAGCCAAUGCUCUCUCCUUCUUCUGAACCAAGACCUCAAGAAUCCAGCUUCACCUCCUGGAGGCAAAUGCCCACAUUCAAGUUGUGGUCAAGUACAGGAAGUGGUGCCUGUGUGGACAGAACUUAGGAAGCAGGCGACCUGGUUUCCAGGUAUAACUUGGCUGUGUAAUCCAGAACACAUUCCUUCCCUCUCUGAGCACCAGUUUUCUCAUCUGAAUAAUAGAGAAUUGGACCGGGGCCCUUCGAAUUCCAGCAACAGGUGACUCAAAUCCAGAGGUUCAUGCCCUGUUGUCUGCCACCCAGAUCUGUGCUGAUGCGGACUGCGUGCCUAUGAGGGGUUCUAGGGACACAGGCACAAGCAAGACACAGACAAGGUCCCUGCUCUCAAGGGGCUUGCAUUCUAAUAAAACAGGAUCUAAACAAGUAUGUGCAUAGAUAUGAAAUACAAUAUCAGGUAAGAAAAGUACCAGGAAGAAAAAUAAAGCAGGGUUAAAGAAGUAGUGAUGGGAAAGUGGAAAAAUUUUAGAAAAGAUGGUCAUUGAAGGCAGAGACCUGAAUUAGGUGAGGAAGCAAGCCAUGGAGAGAUCUGGGGCAAGGGUGUUCUGACAGAGGAAACAGCACAUGCAAAGAUCCUGAGGUGGAAACCAGUUUGGCAUGUGGGAGGACAAGCAUGAAGACUGUACGGCUGGAAGUAUGGGAGGCAAGGAGGAGGCAGGUGAGGUCAGAGAGGUGGGGAGAAGGCCAUCUCAGCAAAGAGGAGGUGAGAUUCUAUUUUGAUGAUGGGAAGUUCUUGGAAGGAUGAGUGCAGGAUCAUGACCUGAUCUCAUUUGUCUUUAGAGGGAUCCACUUCAGCCAGCUGUGUAGAGAGUGGAUCUAUGGUGUCAGUCAAGAUCCAAUCAACAAAAGAGAAAUCACUCUAUGUAUUCCAGACAAGAGGAAUUUGAUACAGGGAAGGAAUUGAACUACCAAAGGGGCUGCAGGGGCUGAGUUGCUGGGGUGGAGGAGAGAACCACAGUCCCAGCCUUGCACACUUCCAUGGGGCCGGCCAAGCCCCCAAGAGAAUGGCAGCCUGGGUGUCUGAGCCAGCACCUGGGCAGCCUGUGAGCACAGGGUGAAGCCUGAGCGCUCGAAUGGCCAACGCCACAGGGCUGAACGCACCAGAAGUCGCAGCCUCGAUGGGGUUGAUCCUGGCGGCUGUCGUGGAGGCGGCAGCACUGCUGGGCAACGGCGCACUGCUGGUUGUGGUGCUGCGCACGCCGGGACUACGCGACGCGCUCUACCUCGUGCACCUGUGCGUAGUGGACCUGCUGGCUGCCGGCUCCAUCAUGCCGCUGGGCCUGCUGGCCGCUCCGCCGCCAGGGCUGGGCCGCGUGCGCCUGGGCCCCGCGCCCUGCCGCGCGGCACGCUUCCUCUCGGCGGCGCUGCUGCCCGCCUGUACGCUCGGGGUGGCGGCGCUCGGCCUGGCGCGCUACCGCCUCAUAGUGCACCCGCUGCGGCCCGGCGCGCGGCCUCCGCCCACCCUCGUGCUCACCGCCGUGUGGGCGGCGGCGGGGCUGCUGGGCGCGCUCUCCUUGCUCGGGCCGCCGCCCGCACCGCCCCCUGCCCCGGCUCGCUGCUCUGUCCUGGCAGGGGGCCUCGAGCCCUUCCGGCCGCUCUGGGCGCUGCUGGCCUUCGCGCUGCCCGCCCUCCUGCUGCUCGGAGCGUACGGCGGCAUCUUCCUCGUGGCGCGCCGCGCUGCCCUGCGGCCCCCGCGGCCCGCGCGCGGGUCCCGGCCGCGCUCCGACUCUCUGGACAGCCGCCUCUCCAUUUUGCCGCCCCUUCGGCCUCGCCCGCCCUGGGGCAAAGCAGCCCUGGCCCCGGCGCUGGCCGUGGGCCAGUUCGCAGCCUGCUGGCUGCCUUACGGCUGUGCGUGCUUAGCGCCCGCUGCCCAGGCCGCCGCGGCCGAGGCGGCCGUCACCUGGGUAGCCUACUCGGCCUUCGCAGCGCACCCCUUCCUGUACGGCCUGCUGCAGCGCCCUGUACGCCGGACGCUGGGCCGUCUCGCCCGACGAGCGCUACGCCGGCCCCCGCGGGCCUGCACUUCGCGGGCCUGGCACCCGCGGGCCCUCCUGCAGCACCUCCAUAGACCUCCAGAGGGCCCUGUCCUAGGCCCUUCUGAGGCACCAGAACAAGCCCGGGAUUUGGCAGGAAGGGAGAGCCUGAGCAUGCCAGAGGCCACGUGAGAGAUGUCUCCCAAGGUGAGCCGGGACUGGAGAAAGCAGGGUGGUAUCACAAAGGGCCCAUCCAGCCUCCAGCACAGCUUAUGGCAGGUAGCCUGCCUGCACUUCGGGCUCUGGAAUGGGAGAAAGGGAACCUGCAGCCAAGUGAGGCCCAGAGGCUUCUGGGAGCUAGGAAUCCUGAGUUCUGGGCCCAACUCUGCAUGGCCUUGUACACAGACCUACCCUUCACUAGGUAUCAGUUUUCCCAUCUGUACCCUGGACCAUCUCUAAGGGCUCCUCCAGCUUGGGUGAUCAGGACACUCAUGGAUGAUCCCCAGGCCAAGGAAGAAGCAGAGGUGGGCAGGAUCACAGAGGGCCCUAAUGGCUCACAGCCAAAGGGAAUGGGCCAAGUAGGGCAGGGUCUGGGUUACAGCCACAGCAGGAGGAACCAGUGAAGGGACAUUCAGAAAGACCUCCUGCACAUCUGCACCAAGGAGAGGCUGGACAAAACUACUGGAACUCCUCCAUCAGCUUCUAAAAAUGCCCAGAAAACAACUGGAUCGCUUUGGUGCCAGAGGCAGGAGGCUGGACAACAUGACCCCCCAAAGAGCCCUGAAGCCCCAGAACUGGCAUGUGGAAGGGGCGAGGCCCAGCUGGGGCUGAUGGAGUCACAGAUGGGGGUCCUCUGGGGUCUCAGCUACACCCGUUUUCUGGAGGUUUUGCCAAUACCCACAGUGUUUCACAGCUUCCUGGUCUCUCAGAAUAUUUAUUCAAAAACAGGAAUUGAAAAAACUGUA